AUGAGACGGUUCUUUGUGGCGACCAAUUUCGUGGAAACCAUCCGUCCUAUCUACUAUUGGACCAAAGCGGUUGGAUUGAUUUCCUUCACGGCAGAUUUCGAAAGAAAGACAAUACGACGCAACUUCAAGGAUGUUUUGAUAUUUGUCGUUUUCCUGUUCCUCAACGGGUUCCUUGCAGUUACCGCCGGAAUCAAGCCAAGCGAUGGAAAUCCGACCUACUUCAACUCGCCACUUAUCGAAUUCAUUCUUAACCUGUUCCUUACGUUGCAGCUCGUUGCGAUGAUCGGUAUUCCGAUCGUCAAUUACUUCAACGUCGACCGGUACGAUCGGUUCAUCCGAUACAUAGUGGAUGUUGACGAAGGAUUGCAUAAACUCGGUCACAGACACGAUUACAGUUCUGAAUACUUUAACUGUACCAUUUAUAUGGUCGGUUCGGUUGUCCUACAGUUUGGUUGUCUCUCAGGGAUGGUUAUUUCAAAUCCUUUUCGGGUAGAUUUUGAAACAGGGGAAAAUAUAAUCGUGCUGAUUUCGUUCUUGAUGUGCAAUAUGGUGUACAUAACGAGUACUUGCUAUUGCUGUGCGUCGCUUUGGGUGGUGGUUUACCGCUACCGAAAAUUGAACGAGACCUUCAGCUCUUAUUUUCAUACCAAUCGCCAGUCGAAGAAGCAACUUCUGCUAAUAUCGGAAAAGGAGACGAUCAAAACUAUUGCUCUACUCUACUCGAAGCUUGGUGCGGCUGUCCAGAUGUACAACAAAUGCUUCUUUAUUCACAUUUUUUAUGUUUUGGGUAGUGCAUUCGGUUUAAAUCUAGUCUGUUUCUUCACCAUGAUCCACUUAUUUCUUAUGCGUGGAGAUAAGUUCGAUCACAUCGACCCAAUCAUAACCUCCCAAAUUUUUCUUAGCGUUUUCUAUAUGCUAGUCGUCCUCCAAAUCAUGUUUGCUGGAAAUUUGAUGCACAAGCGGGCAAAGCACACAGCUGUACUGCUGCAUAAAGUUGUCGUUUAUAACGAUUGCAGUUCAACCGUGCUGGAACAGUUGAUAUCCUUUUCCAUUCAACUUUCCCAUCAAAUACCCAAAGCUUCAUGUUACUUCUAUGAUAUUGACUGGAAGUUUCUUUUGGGGAUGAUAUCGUCAUUUGCAACAUAUCUCAACAUACUAGUACAAUUUGAUAUAAUUCAGGUGAGAGCGGAGCUAGGCAAGAUCAAUCGAACAAUACUGGCAUUUGAUAAAAACGAAUACGUUUGA